CUAUAUAUUUAGGGUUUAGGAAGAGAAGCCAUUGUAUUUUCUGUUAUCAGCUUUCUCUUGUGUGUGCAUCUCUUGAGUAUUUUACAUCCCAGGUAUUGUGUUGUAGACACAUCUAAUCCGUCCAAAAGAUUGAACUUAUCUAAAUCCAUCCAUCAGAAAACAGCUCCAAUGGAGGGAUUGCAUGAAGAUGGAGAUGCAUUCACCGUUAAAAAACUGGAUCCCGUCCUAGUACGGCCUGCUGAGGAAACCAACGGCGGGUUUUACUUCCUAUCAAACCUUGAUCAGAACAUCGCCACCAUCAUCCAAACCGUAUACUGCUUCAAGGGUGAUAAAAGCAACGGCGUGGCCACUCCUGGGAAGGUGAUCAGGCAAGCCUUGGCCAAGGUGUUGGUCCACUUCUAUCCACUUGCCGGGAGCCUUACGAUCGGCUCAGAUGGGAAGUUAGUAGUGAGAUGCACCGGUGAAGGUGUAGUAUUCGUUGAAGCAGCCGCAGACCAUGAGAUUGAAGUCUUGGGUGAUAUUAGCGUCCCUGAUCCUAACAAGUUAGGGAAGCUUGUGCAUACAUAUCCUAGUGCAAGGAAUCUCUUGGAAAUACCUCUAUUGACAGUGCAGGUGACAGGGUUCAAGUGUGGAGGAUUUGUUCUUGGAAUAGCAAUAAACCACUGCCUGGUUGAUGGGAUAACUGCAAUGGAGUUCAUACACUCAUGGGCAGAAAUUGCCAGAGGCUUCCCCCUAUCCAUCCCACCGUUCAUCGACCGAUCCAUACUACGAUCAAGGGACCCUCCCAAGAUUGAAUUCCCCCAUCACGAAUUCGCCGAGAUCGAUGAUGUAUCAAACCUUGUUUCCCGCUACCAAGAUCAAGAAAUGCAACACAGAUCCUUUUGUUUCAGCCCAGAAUCACUCACUCAGCUCAAGAAACUAGCCAUGGAGGAUGGUGCCAUAAGCAAGUGCACAAACUUCGUGUUGCUCUCCGCAUUCAUUUGGCGGGCCAGGACCAAAGCACUCAAAAUGAGCCCCACCCAACAAAGUAAGCUCUUAUUUGCCGUCGAUGGGCGGUCCAAAUUCAAUCCACCAAUGCCAAAAGGGUACUUUGGCAAUGGCAUUGCACUCACUUAUUGUCUAUGUAGUGCGGGCGAAUUAGUAGAUAAACCAUUGUCGUUUGCAGUGCGAUUAGUACAAGAUGCGAUCAAGUUAGUGACUGAGGACUACAUUCGAUCAGCGAUCGAUUAUUUUGAAGUGACACGAUCAAGGCCGUCGCUUACGGCCACUCUUCUGAUCACCACAUGGGCCACGCUAUCCUUCAAUACCACUGAUUUUGGGUGGGGUGAGCCUAUUCAGUCCGGGCCAGUGACCAUGCCUGAGAAGGAAGUGGUCUUGUUCCUAUCUCAUGGGAGGGAGAAAAAGAGCACAAAUGUGUUAUUGAGUCUGCCUGUUAGUGCCAUGGAGACCUUCCAAGAGCUAAUGCAAGUAUAUAGUUCUUAAGUUGUAUAAACGAAGAAAUACAUAAGUGGGCAAUCUAAGAUAGUGGGUCCCACAAGGUCUCUUUGUGGGCCAUCCAAGAUAGUGGCCUCGCAUCAUCAUCAUCAUUAUCAUCAUAUAUAUAUGUGUUUGUGUGUGUGUGUGUGUGGUUUGAAAGAGUCUUAUCUUGAAAUAAAUAAAAAUAAAAAUAAACAAAGUUACAUUUGCAAAUCUCUUAUCUUAAUUGUAUGGAGAUUGGAAGAGUGCAUGUUUUCAUAGUGUUAUAAAAUGAUUGCAUUUUCUACUGAAAUCGAUCCAGUACUCUGAGAGUGUUAUAUGCAUGUUAGAAUGCUCCUAGUGACAUUCUGACAGUCCCAUCUAUCGAUCUGCACCGCCCACUAUGUUGACCGCACAAUUAUUGGCUACCAUGCAAAAAUGAGAUCAAGCAGUUAUACGUUCCGAUCUAACAUUAAACUGGCAUUCUUUUUCACUGCCAUAGAUGUGGCCUACAUGCAUUCCAAUUCAAACUAUCCAAAUCAUGGUCUUUGUGGGUGGGAACUGUCCAGCAGUUGCACCCGCAGAUGUUUCUCAAUGCUUAGUCAAUGGCCUGUGGAUGAAGCGUCCACAUUCAUCUGGAAGAAGUUCAUUGAAUAGUGGAUCGCUACCCACCGUGUAGCCACCAAGAUGGACGGCCAGGAUUGAUGCUGAUGUGUGCCGGGCCUCAAAUGGCCUACAUUAAUUCAACUUCAAUAAAUGACGAGCAUCUAAAGUUCAAUUGCAUAAUGGAACUAUCCGACGCGAAUUUUAUUGUUGGGAGACCUUGCAUUA